AUUCUUGCUUUUGCUAUGGGACUGGAAGAUAUAUGAAAGUGUUCCCUCUCCCAUGUCACGGUCCUGGAGUCUGGGGUUCUUCACCACUUUUUUUUUAUUUCUUCUUGUCAUUAUUUGUUGAUAUCCUGUUCUCAUUUCGUCUAUUAUUGUCUAAAUUACGAGUCAACGGUUGAACGCUUUUGGAUACGAGUAGCAGAGAGCAGAAUACAAGAUGGCUCCCAAAGAUGGUGGCCCACUCAACUUGCUAUCUCUCGAUGGUGGAGGGAUUCGCGGUGUGUCAGAACUGGUUAUCCUUGACAGAAUAAUGAGGAAAGUCCAAGAAAGGGAGCUCCUGAGUGAGAUUCCAAAGCCCUGUGAUUAUUUUCAUCUCAUUGGCGGUGUCAGUACUGGAGGUCUUGUUGCGAUACUGCUCGGCAGACUCCAGCUGACCACCACCGAAGCACUGAAAGAGUACGACAGCUUUGCCAAGAAAAUAUUCUGCACCAGAAAUCGAAGAUUAAGUUUGGUGUCCAGAUAUGGCGAGGAAGCGCUCGAGCGAGCAGUCCACGAAGUUGUGCAAAAAUGUAGGUCCAGCCCUUUGAUGAAGGAUCCCUCUGUGGACGAACGAGCGACCGGGAAAGCCUUUGUAUGUGCCAUGCCGAAGCAAAACCAGGGCGUUCCGCGCCGGAUUCGCUCAUACAACAGUGGUGACGACUGGGACAAGAACAUCACCAUCGUCCAGGCGGCACGGGCCACGUCGGCUGCUCCCACCUUCUUCAAACCUCUUGUCAUAGAGAAUGAGGGAGUCAAAGAGGAGCUGAUUGAUGCUGCAAUGGGUGUCAACAAUCCCGUAGCCGAGGUGCUAGACGAGGCAGGAAUGCAAUUUGACAACUCUUGCAAACUGGGCUGUUUCCUCAGUCUCGGCACCGGGACUCGGCCGAAGAAUAUGGAGUCCACCAGCGCAAUCGGCCAGCUUGUGGAUGUCGGAAAGCUGAUGAAAGAAGUCACCACUGAUUCGGAAGCGAGAAGAGAAGAUAUGGACAGGAAGUUCACAGAUCAUGAGUCGACCUACUUCCGCUUUAGCGUUCCUGACGCCGCGAGCAAGGUGAAGAUGGAGGCGUACCAGGACAUACCAAAGUUGAAAGCAAUGACUGAGGAGUAUCUGGAGACUGCGAAAGCCAAGGCAGACAUUGAGAAAGUCGUGGAUGUUUUGGUCAACAACAAGACGGAAAAUGUGACCAUCGGGCAAGCUUGCAAAAUACUAAGGGUGCAAGUGCGCGAGUCGCAACCCCGAGGAACUGUCAGUCGAUACUUCACCGGCAGAAAAGAAACUCUCGACAAGAUGUCAGGAUAUUUCUUCCAGUCUGAAGAUGCAUCCAAACGAUCGCGGUCCCUCGAGUUCUUGAUCUGGGGAAUGGGCGGUGCUGGGAAAUCCCAGGUUGCUCUGAAAUUCUACGAAGACCACAAAGACCGGUUCAAAUACAAGUUCUGGGUCGAUGCCACCACUCCUUACACUCUCAAGGAGGGGUACCAGAAUAUCGGCUUGGAGUUGUGGCCCCAAGAAGCCGUCGCCAAUGACGCACUAGUCCUUCGAGUCAUCAAGUGGAUGGAGACCUUGAAGGACGAUUGGCUGCUUAUUCUUGACAACGUCGAUCACCAAGACGGAGACUGGACCAACUAUCUCCCGAGGAGCGGUCAUGCCCACGUUAUCUUCACCAGUCGUAAGAAGGACGUGAGGCCCGGUCUUCGCUCGGCCAACAUCGCAGAAGUCAACGAGCUCAGUGAGGAUAACGCAGUAACUCUCUUGCUUAGAGCCGCCGAUAAAGACCAUGACGACCAAUCAAUGAAAAUUGCAGCACUGCCAAUUGCUAGAGAGCUCGGAUGUCUCCCUCUUGCUCUCGACCAAGCAGGAACAUAUCUCGGCCAAACCGGGGAGUCAUUAGGGCGCUAUCUCCAAGAAUUUCAGGAAAGAAGGAUAGAAAGAAUGAAAAAGGUCACCCACAAGACAGAGGGAAGGAAUGAGGCCGUCUUCACCACCUUUGACAUCUCCUUCGAUCAGAUCAAGGCCUGGGCGAGAAACAAGGAAGGCCACAUUCGAGCUCAACAAGCGCGGUCAGCCAUCAAGAUUCUCAACAUCAUCUGCUUCUACUACCACGAGAACUUGUCGGAAGAAAUCUUCAAGCGAGCGGCCGAGUUCCGGUCACAGAGGGGAUUCGACCCCCUUCGGGAUGGUAGCCACUCGGUACAAGAGCUCAUCACGGUCGACAACACCCAGAAAUGGAACGACCGAACCCUGCGGGACGGAAUGCUCCUUCUCGAAUCCUUUUCUCUUCUCAAACCUUGUCGCCAACUACGAGGACCAGGAGCUGAGACCGCCCCACGGUCGUACUCGAUGCACGUGCUCAUCCACGGCUGGGCCAGGGACCGUUUGAGCAAGGCAGAGCAGAAGGUGUACUCGCUGUGGGCGCGGACGCUUUUGAUUGGGUCAAUCCCAACCUCCAAAACAAGUCCUGCGGCAGUCAAGUACAGGCGGCAGGUCCUUCCGCACGCCAUGGCGUGUGAGACGCUAGUGAAGGAGCGAGAAGGUGAUCGCGAGCUCGAAAUGUUCAUUCAGACAAAGCUCGCCACGAUGGCGCAGGAGGGCAAUGAUUGGGAAAAGGCAGAGGGUAUCUGGAUCGAUGCCAUUCGCGACUUCAACAUGGAGCACGCAGGUACCAAUCACAACGAGUCGACCAUUUCAGCCAUGAAGUCUUUAGCAGAGCUGUAUAGUGACCUCGGCCGAUUCGGCGAGGCGGAGCGCUUACUGGUGGAAGCCAGAGAUCGGCGAGUUGUAGAGAUUAAGGAUACUUGGCAACAAUUACUGAAUGAACAUGAGGCUAAGAAGGAGGGAGAGAAGGGAGGGAAGAACGAGGAAAAGAAGAAAAGUGGGAAGAAAGAGGAGGCGAAGGGAGAGGAAGAGGGCGAGUUCUUCAACUACUUUACACUCGGUUCCGAAGAAAUGGAGCUGUAUCUCAAUGCCGAUGAUGCCAUCAUCAAGAUCGACGAAGCUCUGGCCAAGCUCUACCAGACAAUGGGCCGGUUGUCGGACGCCGUCACUCUCCUACUGCAAAUCAUGAAAUCGAGGAAGUGGAACGGAAGCCCUGAGCAUCUCAAGAAGCUGGACGCAGAUGUGGAACUCGCCCAGGCCUUGUUCAAAAAGAAUGAUGAGAUGGAUAUAAAGUUCAACGAGGAAGUAGCCAGACAAAUGGCCGAUCCGGAGCGGACCCACCGCUUUCUCAAAUACGAAAGUCUCUGUCGUCCACAGCCAAAGAAGAUCGCCACGGCGGAGGACGAAAAAGACAAUGCAACAGCAGCAGCAGCAGUGCAACCUCUUCCUCCCCAGACACCCGUCGAAGAAGACGAACCCCCGCACAUCCCCGACGCCCUCCGCAAGGACGAAGCCAAACUAUGGGCCUACUACGACAACGCCGUCGACUUCCACGGCGCCAACUCGGAAAAAGCAUGCAACAUCAUGCGCGCCCUCGCCGGCAACAUGCUCGCUCAGCAGCGGCCCGAAUGCGCGCGCAUCAUCGUCAGCGAGGUGCACAAGCGCACCAUGGAACGUCUCGGCCCGCACCAUUACCGCGUAUCCGAGCAAGUCAGCGAGAUGGCCCACAUCUUUAUCCAGAACGGCGACAUCCCCUCCGCCGUGACGGCGCUGAUGGUGCCGGCCAUCAACAUCUGCGACACGCUGGGCGUCGAGAGCUAUAAUAGCCGCAGGAUCAUGGUUAUGCUGCAUGACCUGCUGGACGUGUACGAGCAGCAGCAGAACAUCAAGGGCAAGGACAAGGAGCAGGAGGAGGAAGAUAUGUGGGAGCGGUUACUGGCGCUGACGAAGAAUUACUGUAAUACCUGGUGUCAGCAUCAUGAUAUGCACAGGGAGCUGAGGCGUAGGUUGGGCCCGUCGCAGGACGCGUUGAUGGCGGCUAGGCUGUCGCAGUAUCGGAGCAAGAAGGCGUGGCAGAAUAGGGAGGCGAGGAGAGAGCUUUUUAAAGAGUUGUUGGUCCGUCCGGAACCGUUUUAUGAAGAGCUGAGGGAGUCGGUGGGCUUGGGAACGGGGUUAGAACAGGGGCCGAGAUCGGAUUAGUUGUUCGUGAUGGGCUUUCGUUUGGUGGACGGCUGGGGCCGCUGUCGAUUUCGGGUUAUGAUCAUGACGUUUGGGUUGAGGUUUGUUUUUGCUGUAUACCUACAUACUACCUCUAGGGACAGGCGUUUGGAUCAAGCGGGAAAUGUUUGGAUUCACAAUUGCAUGGCAUUUACCCUUGUUCGCUAGGUAUGCUGAAUGUCAUGCCAUACAAGUACACGCCUGGGAAGUCUCACUUGAAUGGAACCGUUGUAGAUCUUCCGCAGUUUUUUUGACAGCACACCUCGAUGCCUUUUCCAGAUCAACAUAAGGCCUACUAUAAUAGCACAAUUAUAUACCAACCAGACACCUACAGUAUGCUGUUUACGGCCAAGUUGUUGGAAACAAU